ACGAUGAUCGGAUCAGAUCUUGCGUGGGCGCCAAUUACUGUUACUAUAAUAAACCACCGUGUUCUUCAAGGAGUGAUCCACAAAGUCACAAACAAUAAUUCAAAACCAAAUAAAUUAAUUAUUCAAUUUUUUCUUUUCUAAUUAGAAGUUUCAACUUUCAGCACUUAUGUUAAAUUCAGUUAGGAGUUAUUUAAAAGGGUCAACCACUUUCAAAACUAAACCAGGUGGCAUUUGCUGAUUUGUAGAGAAAACUAUAGACACUUGUAGUCAUCAAAACUACAGUCACAGUAGAACUGGCAUUUUUUCAACGGCGAAAACUUGCCCGUAUUAUUGACUUCAAUGUACACUUUAAUGUAAACAUACCAAACAAUUCAUUACUUGCUACUAUUUCCUUCUUUGUAAGAAAUCUGAGUUGAGUGCAAAGCGCUUCCUUGUGAACAUGGUUGCAGAACUUGUUGGAGGAGCUUUUCUCUCUUCUUUCCUCAAUGUUCUUUUUGACAGGUUGUCCGAUGAUAAGUUUGUCAAAUGGAUUCGAGGAAAGAAGCUUGACCAGAAUCUGCUAGAAAGGUUGGAGACAAUUCUGAACGUGGUUGAAGCUGUGCUGAAUGAUGCUGAGAAGAAACAGAUCACUGUCCAUGCUGUCAAGAGGUGGCUUCAAAAUCUUCAAGAUGCUGUUUAUGAUGCUGAUGACUUGUUGGAUGAAAUUACCACCAAAGCUGCCAUUCAAGAGGAUCCAGGUAACUUCCUGUCUCGUAUCUUCAAUUCACAAGAUAGGGAUAUGGUUGUUACUAGGAUUGAAGAAGUCAUUGCUAGACUAGAGGGUAUUGCAAAACACAAAGAUAUCCUUGGUCUGGAAAAUAUUGCAGCCAAGAAUAUGUCUGGGAGGAUUCCAUCAACCUCACUAGUUAAAAAAUCUGAUAUGUUUGUUGGGAGGGACAAAGAGAGGGAUGCUAUAGUGAAAUUGUUGUUAGAUGAUACUAACAAUGGUGAUUUGUCUGUGAUUCCCAUAGUAGGCAUGGGUGGGAUAGGCAAAACUACUCUGGCAAAAUUGGUUUAUAAUGAUGUCAAAGUGAAGCAAAAAUUUCAUGUUAAAGCAUGGGUUUGUGUUGGUGAGGAGGAAUUUGAUGUUCUUAAGAUGACAAAGACUGUGAUAAAAAAAACUGGUAGUUCUUGUCACUCAAGUGAUUUAGAUACAGUUCAAAAUCAUUUGAAGGAUGAGCUAGCAGGGAAAAAAUUCUUGGUUGUUAUAGAUGAUGUAUGGAGCAGUAAUCGUGAGGGUUGGGGAAGUUUUCUAACUCCUUUUGAAUGUGGAAGUGAGGGAGGUCAUAUCCUUGUAACAACCCGUCUUGAUCGAGUUGCUUCUAUGGUGAAAACUAAUCAUAAUCAACCUCUCAAUUUGAGUUUCUUGCAUGAGGAAGAUUGUUGGCUAGUGUUUGCAAAACAUGCAUUUUUUCCUACUGAAUCUAGAGACCGUUCAACUUUAGAAAUUGUUGGUAGAAAAAUUGUUGAAAAGUGUAAAGGGUUACCAUUGGCUGUUCAAACACUUGGGGGAUUAUUAAGAACAAAAGAUCAUGAAAGGGAUUGGAUUGAUGUUUUGAAUAGCAAAAUUUGGGAGUUUUCUGAAGAUGAGAGUAGCAUUCUUCCUGCCUUAAAAAUUAGUUAUCAUUACCUCCCUUCAUACUUAAAACGUUGCUUUGUUUAUUGUUCUUUAUUCCCAAAAGACUACGAAUUCGAAAGAGAUGAACUGGUGUUAUUAUGGAUGGCAGAAGGUCUUUUGCAGCAACCAAAGGGCGGCAGCACUUUACAAGAAGUUGGUUAUAAAUAUUUUAACGAUUUGGCUUCAAGAGCAUUUUUUCAACAUUCUAACUCUCUUGAAAAUUCAUUUGUGAUGCAUGAUCUCAUGCAUGAUUUAUCGAUAUUCUAUGGUGGGAAGUGCUUUUCUAGAACCAUUGAACUCAAAACUGCAUAUAUGCAUGAUGCUUGUUCUCGUCAUCUUUCAUAUGAUAGUAGCAUGAAUGCUUUGUUCUCAAAGAUAUUGGAAGAAUGUGAAAGCUUAAAAAAUGCAAGGACAUUGCUGAUAUUUGAUAAAUGGCAUGAUUCCUCAGAGAAAUUUGAUCCUUGUGGCUUACUUGCACAGUUGAAGCAUGUAAGAGUUUUGUCAUUUAAAUUCUUUCCACUUGAUACAUUGCCUGAUUCAAUAGGUGAGUUGAUCCAUUUGCGUUAUUUGGAUCUCUCUGGUGCACCUAUCGUGACAUUGCCCAAGUCAAUGACUAACUUGUACAAUUUACAAACAUUGAAGUUGAGUAAUUGUACAAGACUAGAAAAGCUUCCAAUCAACAUGCAGGGUCUUGUAAAUUUGCGUCAUUUGGAUGUCUCUUAUACGCCUAUUUUGGUAUUGCCCGAGUCAUUGAGCGAAUUGUACAAUUUACAUACACUGAAGUUGACCAGGUGUAAAGGACUAAAAAAGCUUCCAAGCAGGAUGCAAGAUCUUAUAAAUCUACGCCAUCUCCAUAUUGAAUAUACUAAUUUAGAAGAGAUGCCUAAAGGGAUGAGCAAAUUGAAAGACUUGCAGAUUUUAUGUCACUACAUUGUUGGAAAGCAUGAAGAGAAUGGGAUAGAGGAAUUGGGAGAACUUGUAAAUCUUCAACGGUCACUCAGUAUUGAGAAAUUAGAGAAUGUGGUUGAUAGCAGUGAAGCUUGGAAGGCAAGGAUGGUUGAUAAGAAAUACAUCAGUCAUUUAUGUUUGGAGUGGUCAUCAGGUGAAGAUAGUGAUAUUGUUGAUUCCCAAAUCGAAAAAGAUGUACUUGCCAAAUUAGAACCUCACAAAGACUUGAAGAGGCUAAGCUUAUGGGGUUACAGAGGUACCAUGUUUCCGGAUUGGGUAGGGCAGUCUUCGUACCACAACAUGACUAAGUUGGAGCUGUUGGGAUGCAGGAAUUGUUGGGUGCUUCCUUCACUUGGACAGUUACCCUCUCUAAUUAGAUUGGAGAUUUCACAUUGUGAGAAGCUGAAGAUGAUUGGUGGUGAAUUCUAUCAGGAGACACCCUUCCGAUCCCUUAAACAUCUCUCAUUUUUUUAUAUGCCUUGCUGGGAGGAAUGGGAGUCAUUUGAAUGUGACGAAGAUGAUGCACCAUUUCCUCAACUUGAGCAUCUUUCGAUAGUGAACUGUCCUAAGUUAAGAGGAGAUCUCCCCACUUUCCUUCCGUCUUUGAAAUUACUUUGCAUUGAAGAAUGCGAGGAGCUUGGUUGUUAUCUGCCAAGAGCUCCCAUGUUGCGCCAUUCACAAAUAUAUGGCGCAAAGGAAGCAAGAAUUCGGGAGCUACCACUUUCGAUGUUGCAAACUCUAUCCAUUGAUGGAGAGCAGCAAGUGGAGUAUGUGUUUGAUGCCAUGAUCCACACCCAACCAACCUCUCUCGCAGAGUUAAGAAUCUUAAACUGCUCAUCAGCCAUAUCAUUUCCAGGGGAUUCUCUGCCCCCUUCAUUGCAAGAGCUAUCAAUCAAGGAUUGCAAGAAUGUGGAAUUCCCAAUGCAACAGCAACAAUAUGAGUCACUAACGAGUCUUGAAAUAGACAACAGCUGUGAUUCACUUACAUCCUUCCCAUUGUCAGCGUUCCCAAAUCUCAGGUCCUUCAUAAUUGCAAGACGAGAAAAUUUGACAUCUCUAGGGGAGUUGUCACAGUCACAGUCCCUUCGAGAAUUACGGGUUGAAGAAUGUCCUAAGCUGGAGAACAUAAGGUUGCCUGCCUCUUUAAGUCGACUCUUCAUUAUUAAAUGUGGGUUGUUGGGUGAAGGCAUAGAGAGGAAGGAUCCCCACAUUUGGCCAUCCAUUUCCCACACCCCCCACAUUUUUGUUAAUGGGAGAUCGAUUCGCAAUGACUCAACAUCUUAAAACAGAAACUAUCUCCUCAUGAAUAGUUGUUUGAUAUUCUCUGGAGUUGAUAAUUGCUUUUUGGGCUGCCUGGACCACCUUCCUCUUGCUCUUUGCUUAUCCAUACUGCUUUUCGCUGGUCUUGCAUUGAGAAUUAUUUCUAGGGUACAUCAAACAUGUCAUCAGCUCCACCAUGGCUCUAUCUAUUCAGAAAUCUUUGGCGCUGCUCAGAGUUCCUGGAGCUCCAAGAUGGGCCGAUGGAUUAUGUUACUCAUCCUUAGGAUAUAAACGAAGUUGUAUACAAUUGGAAACGAGGGAAGCAGGCUCCUUUUAGAAAGCUGUUAAGUCCAUUUAGGUAAAGAUAGGAGGGUUAGUUAGCAGUAGUAGUUGUUAGGUUAGUUACUAUAAUAAUGGAAUUGGGAAUGUAAUUGAUGGGAAUAAGGGUAGUGGCCUGAGUAGUUAGUAUAAGAAAGCAUGCUGAGUGUAAAGCAAAUUUUGAUGUUGAAUAAAGAGACUGGAGAAUACCACCUCUCUUUCCUCUU